AUGGAGGGGAUUGGAACACCUGAAUCACAUGAUUUGGAGGGGAUUGGAACACCUGAAUCACAUGAUUUGGAGGGGAUUGGAGCACCUGAAUCACAUGAUUUGGAGGGGAUUGGAACACCUGAAUCACAUGAUUUGGAGGGGAUUGGAGCACCUGAAUCACAUGAUUUGGAGGGGAUUGGAGCACCUGAAUCACAUGAUUUGGAGGGGAUUAAAACACCUGAAUCACAUGAUUUGGAGGGGAUUGGAACACCUGAAUCACAUGAUUUGGAGGGCGGGGACACUAUGACACAUAUUAUG